AAAAGGGAGGAGCUUUGCCAAUUUCCUCACAGUGGAUCUGCAGCACAUCUCCUGCCAUGAGCAUCAAGGUCCUGUUCGUCUUGGGAAUAGUCUCGGCCUCUGUGGCUGAUUCCUCCCCCCCGAGGUCCUAUGUCUACCAGCCUCCUCCCCAGGGCUUGGUACAUUCGACAGCUGAGUCAGCAGAAAAUUUGGUUGAGUCUGCAGAAAAUUUGGUGAGCAGUCGCUAUCGAGUACCUGAACAGCCUGCUGAUGACGAUUCCUUCGAGUAUGGUCCUGCUAGAUACAGCUUUGAGUAUGCCGUCAAAGAUGAACCUUCUGGCAACGACUUUGGCCACGAGGAGAGCCGUGACGAUGACAAUACAGAAGGCACCUACUAUGUGGAGCUCCCAGACGGUCGCCGUCAAACCGUGACAUACUACGUACGCGGCGACUCCGGCUACGUGGUGGAAGUAAACUACGAAGGUGAGGCCCAAUACCCAGAAUCUCACGAGAUUCGCCGGUAUGAGGCCCCAAGGGUUGUCUACUCUGCUCCAGACUCUGAAGAGUCUAGAGAGAUCCCAGUUGUUGCUCCUCCGAGAAGAACUUACGUCGCUCCCAGGUCCGAAGAAUCCCGAGAGGUGCCGGUGAGCGUCCCUGCGAGACGCUACUUUGCUCCUGCAUCUGAAGAAUCUCAGGAGGUGACUCCAGUGGCUACCCCCAGCCGUCGAUACUUUGCUCCAGCCUCAGAAGAAUCUCGAGAAGUAAACACUGUUGCUGCUCCCACUCCAAACCGUCAGUACCUUCCUCCAGCUCCUGUAGAAACCAGAAAAGUAACAGCAACUGCCUCUCCCCCAAGACGUCAUUACCUCCCUCCAGCCUCAGAGGAAUCUCAAGAAGUAACUGGUGCUGCUCCUCCUCCUCCUCCAAGACGUCAUUACAUUGCUCCAGCCUCAGAGGAAUCUCGAGAAGUAACCAGACAAUUCUACUCUGCCCCUGACUCUGAAGAGUCUCAGGAGAGACGUACAGCAUUCAUUCCCAAUCCUUCUCCUCCAAGAUCCUUCCACUCUGCCCCAGAAUCUGGAGAAUCCCAAGAGGAUUUGGGUAACCAAUCUGAGGAAACUGUAGAUAGGCCGAGAGACUCCUAUACUGCUCCAAACUCUGAGGAAUCAGCUGAGGCUCCAGUAUAUUCUCCACCGAGAAGGCUUUAUUCUGCUCCAUAAGGGUGACUGUUGCAGAUGUAAACUGCUACUGGCUUUCAGCUAUUCAGAACCAGCUAAUCAUAGUUUUUCAAAUUCAUCUGAGCAUGUAUUCAGGUUAGGCUUUUAAACAACACGUUCUCCUGAAGCAUAUCUUACACCAGCAGUACAAAUUAUAGGCAAACAUUUGAAUAAGAGGUUCUGGGAUACGUUUCAUAGAAAUGCUUGAAAAUAUGCUUCAGAAAAAUUGGGACACAGAGACAUUGAACACUAGCAGACAAAUUAUAUGUCAAUGUACAAAGUACAAUUGCCUUUUUUCGGUUUUAAAAGAUUAUUCGUUCAUCACCACUCAUUGUAAAUCAUAUUGCUAUUUAUUACAAUAAACGCAUCGUGCAUU